CCAAAACCGAAAACCCCAUAUCUAAGAUCGAUCUUCCACGACGACAACGCCAUCUUCUUCUUGCCUUAUACUUCUAACCGUACAAGAUGGCUCACAUGAACUUUGAAGCUCUAAGAAACCUCCACGAGAGCGCCAACCACCUCCUCCACUCACCAGUCAUUAGACAAUCCCUCGUGCACCACGGGAAGUGGACCGACGAUGUCUCCGAAGCGUCCCUGAGGAUGCUCGACGUCUGCAGCACCUCCAGGGACGUGCUCCUGCUCGUGAAAGACCACAUCCAGGACCUUCGAAUCACGCUGCGGAGGUCAAACAGCAUCGAUAUUUGCCCCGGCGAAGAUAACCCGAUCGCGGCGUACAACAUGAUAAAGAGAAAGUUGAAGAAGGAGACGGUCAAGUGUCUGCGUUCGCUCAAAGGGAUGAAGGGUGGAUCCGACGGUUUGGAUCUUCUACCAGUGGAUCACAGGCUCAAUGUGGUAGUUGACAUGCUAAGGGAAGUUAGGAUGACCAUUGUAGCAAUUGUAGAGUCGACAUCGACCCUUGUGUCCGUACCAUGGCUCGAGGGGAAAUCGACUAGAGGGUCACUGGCUACGAAGCUCAUGCGCUCAAGAGGCCCAAGCUUGAGUGACACGUGGGUCGAUAGAGCGGCACUGGAGAGUGCUGACACGAGGUUGGAAGCAGUGGAGAUAGCCAUUGAAGAUCUUGAGAUCGAGCUCGAAUGCAUGUUCAGGAGGCUGAUUCAGACCAGAGUUUCACUUCUAAAUAUACUCACCUACUAGGAGCAGCUAGCUAGUACCAAAGCUGCAUUGUAGAUGUUAUAUAGAACAAUAAUUUU